AUGCUUUGCUCUUUUCCUCGUCAUUCAAAUGCAUCAUCAGAAGAUAUAAGCUCAGAUGAUUUCACAAUUACUCCUUAUUCUUUGUCUUAUGCAUCUGUUGAUGCCGCACUUGGUUUACGAAUUUUUCUUCGUCUAUAUUUGCUUUGGCGUUUUAUUAUGUUUCAUUCUCAUCUAUUUCGUGAUACGUCAUCACGAUCUGUCGGUUAUCUUAAUAGAGUAUCCAUUGAUUACUUCUUUCUCACCAAAACUUAUCUUGAACAAUGGCCAGUAGUUUAUUUAACGACAUUUUGUAUAAUUGUCUUCCUUAUUGGAAGUUGGUCUUUACAUGCAUGUUCUUACUCAUCAACCAAUGAACAUUUAACAAUGCAAAAUGCUAUGUGGCUAUUCAUUAUAACAUUUACUACUGUUGGCUAUGGAGAUUUUACACCUUCUACAUACUGUGGGCGAACUAUUGCUGCUAUAAUUGCUUUGGUUGGUGUUCUUUCAACUGCUCUUCUUAUCAGUGUUCUUGCACAAAAACUUGUAAUGAAUCGAUGGGAGAAAUAUGUGAAUAAUUUUGUAUUGAAUGUUGAAUUAGCAAAAGAAUGUAAACUAAAUGCAGCAAAUAUGAUUAAAUUUGCAUUAAAAGUUUGGUGCAUGAAAAAGAAAAAUGUAUCUGCAUAA